AUGGAUUCAAACGAGGUAAUGGUGUCGUAUGACGUGGUGUCAUGGUUCCCCUCCAUUCCAAACGGCCUCGCCGUCAGCACUAUCGAUGAACUUCUUCAGGAAAUGUACGAGAAAGACGAUCAACAAAUGAAACGGGAGCACGUGAUAGAACUCUUGGAAUUAUGCCUCAGGACAUCCUUCACCUUCGACGAUCGAGUCUACGAGCAAAAGAAGGGAACGCCGAUGGGCUCACCCCUGUCUGGGUAA